CGAGCGCAUGGGAUUGGUUGAAAGAAAAUAGGAACAGCCAACCAAAAGGAAGCGAGGAUCGAGCCAACGCGAAACGAACGCAUUAACGAAUUCGCUGCGGGAGAGGACGUCAUGAAGCUGGACGCUGGUGCCGUUGCCGCGCCUUUCUGCGAAGCGAUGAAGGAGUACGUGAACAAGGAACUCCACGGCAUGGGCCCCAAGCUCGUGGGCUUCUUGGCCAACGACGAUGCGUCCGCACGCAAGUACGCCGAGUGGACAGGGAAAGCGUGCAUUCGCGACGGCAUCCGCUACGAAUUGCGCGAAGUCCAAAAGGAGUUCUUGCAAGAAGCUGUGGAAGACGCCAACCGAGACCCGGAAGUGCAUGGAAUUCUUGUCUACUACCCGUGCUUUGGCUCGUUUCCGUCGUUCUACGGUGGUACUAUGGACGAUUUCAUUCGCGACAGCAUCUCGAUCAAGAAGGACGUGGAAGGGUUGUGCCACUUUUACCGAUCCAACUUGUACCGCAACAUCCGCUACGUCGACGACGAGCGCACGCAGAAGUGCGUGCUGCCGUGCACGCCCCUCGCCAUUAUCAAGAUUUUGGAGCAUCUCAACAUUUACAACUUUGGGCAACCAGAAGGCGAGCAUUUGCUCGGACGUCGCAUCACCAUCAUCAACCGAAGCGACAUCGUCGGGCGUCCCUUGGCUGCCAUGCUUGCGAAUGACGGUGCCGACGUGUUCAGCGUCGACAUCAGCUCGUUGUACUUGUUCCGCCGUGGCAAAUUGAUUGAAACGGACGAAACCCCCGAGUCGGCAUGCCGCAAGUCGGACGUGAUCAUCACGGGUGUGCCGGUGAAGAGCUACAAGCUCCCGUUGGAGUGGGUGUCGGAAGGCACAGUCGUGAUUAACGUGGCGUCGUACAAGAACGUGGACGAAGAAGCGCUGCUCAAGAUCCCAAAUGUCACGUACGUCCCGUUGGUGGGCAAGGUCACUGUCGCCAUGCUUGAACGGAACCUCAUGCGGCUCUACGAGAACUUUCACAUGAAGCCGCGCAAGUUGUGGCAAUAGAGUCGCCACCUCGAUCGACUCGAGACACACGAUAACUCAACGCGCGUCCAUUGCCCCCACAGCUUUCUCUCGAGGGCGACACCGACCCACCCUAUCCAACGCCUACUUUCUGAUGGAUGAAAGGACGCUGUGGGUGACGUUUUGCGGACGCUUUCUGAAUGCUCCCCGGUGGUGCAUUGCCACACUGACCACGCCUCGUGAGUAGAAAGAACCAGCAUGCAGCUAGUCGGUAGUCCAUGUGGGCUAUGAAUGCGCCAUGCGAGCUUGGUGAGAGGGACAGGAGCGAUGCGGGGAUGAUGCGCACAUUGAAUUAAAAAUGGUGAGUCUGGGCAUGCUGGUGAAUGUCGCUCGGUCG